AUGGCUAUUCCCAAUACCUACGGGGUGAUCUUUGCCUGCACCUGUGGAGUGAUCCUGGGCAUCGGGCUGUGUGCCAACCUGCUGGUUUUCUCUUUGUUUGUAAAGCACAACACGUUACGUAAGAACCGCCUCGACAUCCUCCUACUCAGCAUGGCUCUGGCUGACUUCCUCACCCUCCUGCUCAUCCCCUUCACCCUGCACUCUGCUGUUACCCACUCCUGGCCUCUGAGUAACACCUCCUGCAAGGUCUACCAGUUCCUGUUAGCCUUCAGCCUGGCAGCAAGCACCUACUCGCUGUGCGCUGUGUCCGUGACCCGCGCCAUGAUCAUCACCAACCCAUACCAGCCACCCACGAUGGACCUGGUCGUCCUCAUGUUUGUCCUGGUCUGGGCCCUCAGCUUCUUCAUCAGCCUGCCGUUGCGAAUUUUUGCCACCAAAGAGAGCUUGAGCCCAAGUCUGACAAACUUCACCUUCUGCCUUCCAACCAUCCAUGAGCAUCACUACCAAGUGAUCCUGAGCCAGUUUGUACUGUACUACUUUGUACCAAUGCUGGUCAUCGCUUUCAACUAUGUCCGCCUGGCUCUUUUUCUCCACAAGAGCCCUGUAAUGUCAGUGUCCAGUGCCAGGAAUACCCGCAGAGCCUCCGUCAUGGUCUUCUUGGCUGCUGCUACCUUUUCAGUGUGUUGGCUGCCGGGUUACGUACUGGAGCUGUGUGUGUACCUGGAGCUGUACAGCCAAGGAUCGGCUUGGGAGAUGUUCUACUUCGUUUGCACUGUGCUCCAGUACCUGCACCCCUGUGUCAACCCAGUGCUCUAUGUGCUGCUGUCCAAGCGCUACCGCCACAGGAGGGCAGCCUGGCUCUUCAGCUGCAAUAGGAACAGAGUGCAACCACAGGUCAUCAGCGUCCCCACAGACAGCUUUUAG